UGACUGAGUUUAGAUUAAGGUUUACGUUUAACGCCAGCGGAAACAUGGCAGCAUUGACAACGUCCUGUCGCUAAUUUAAUACUUUUUUUUAUUAUGUUUAUUACUUUUCAUCAGUUUUUUUUUCCUUCUGCUUUAUCUCUCUGUUCUGUGUGUUCAUCCGGUUUUCUUCAGAAUUAAAAAUCUUUUUCUUGUACUAGACUGCGUGGUAUCAUGACGACUUACAAUUAAUGCGUUAAGCUUAUACGUAAACACAUGGAUACUUUGUUUUAUAGAAAAUUUAUGUGGUUUAUUCAUUGGUUUAAUAUUUUGAGCAAAUAUAUUAUUUCAACAUCAGACGGUAAAGAGUAUUUCAAGUUCUAAGAAAUGACAUAAAAUAACUUUAUUAACCUCAAAUGAAGAUGAACUAUUACAAAAUUCUGUGAUGACUUCCUGUGUACCUAUGGCGCAGUUACAGCAAAAUUACAAAACGAGAGAAACCACAAAAUCCCAAAUGAAAGAGAGAAAACGAAAUCAAUUAAUUACUCUAUUGAAGGAUGCUGAUAGAUAUGUGGAAGAACUAGCCAGUUUCGUUUUGAGAGCAGCUUCAAGUGGCCGCUUAUCUGUAGAUCUAGGCAAGGAAAAAGAAAAACACCUGUCUACCCGAUCAAAGAAGAAAGAAUUGAUAUGGAAAAUGAAAUCUGAAUGGGAUAAGUUAAAAAUUCCAGAUAAACCAUCAGCAGUUUCUAUUGACAUAGUUGGCACAAAAUCUUUAAAAGUAAAAUUCUCGCCAAGCAUAUCGUCCAGAGAGCCUGAUGCUAAUGUCACAAAAUACAAAGUAAAUAGACCUUUGAUGCAGCAGUGA